AUGAGAGGGGAAGCUUGCUCUCUGGAUGUGGAUGUUGGUUGUUGGGUAGGAGGUGCUUCAUUUAUAGCCGCUGGAAGCUCCUCCUUUCCAAGAAACCCUAAUGGUUUCUAUCCAAUUUGGCCAAGUAUUUCCAUUCCUUCUUUUCUUCCCUCUUCCAUGGCUAGAUCUGGUAGGGGUAAGAAAUGA